AUGGGAAAUAAGAACUCAACAGCUGCCACCGCAUUCAGUAAUGCAAAACAUGUUGAACUAGUGUCUGGUUUCUCCACGAGUGCAGUUGUAAAUCAACGUAUGAACAUGCAAAGAAUGCAAAAUGUUCUUCUGAUUUGGUUGGACAGCAGCAUUGACAGUGAUAGUGUUGAUUGUAAUUAUACAAUCAAGCAAUUGAAACGUGUAGUUAACAACAUAAACACGUUUACAGAUGGUGAAGAAUGUAUUGAAUUUAUUCAAACCAUUACGAACAAUAAAGUAUGCAUGAUUGUUUCUGGUUCACUUGGUAAACAUAUUGUCCCUCGUGUGCAUAAUAUGUUUCAAGUAGAUACCAUUUUAAUUUUUUAUAAUAACCAAGAAUCGCAUGAGCAAUGGACCAAAAAAUGGUCUAAAAUAAAAGGAGUCUUCACAGAUAUAACAUCAAUCUGUGAAGCUCUUAGAAAAGCUGUUCACCAAUGUGAGCAAAAUUCUAUUUCGAUUAGUUUUGUGGCAUCAAACAAGAAAUUCGAUCAAUUAGAUCCAUCAUUUAUGUAUACUCAGAUCCUGAAAGAGAUCUUAUUAACCAUCAAUUUCGAAGAGAAACAUUUCAAAGAAUUUAUUAUUUAUUGUCGUGAUGUAUAUGGUGAUGACGAAAAUGACUUAAAAAAUGUUAAUCAAUUACAAACAACAUACAAAAACAGGAUACCCACAUGGUGGUAUACAAGGAAUGCAUUUUUAUAUCAUAUGUUGAAUCAGGCAUUAGGAUUGAUGGAUGUUGAUAUAAUUAUUCGAAUGGGCUUCUUUAUUAAUGAUUUAAUACGUGAUAUUCAACGACUCCAUUCAGAACAAUUUGGUGGCCAUCAAGCAGGUAAAACAUUUACAGUUUAUCGUGGACAAGGUCUUUCAAAAAAAGAUUUCAUCGAAAUGACGAAAAAUAAAGGUGGACUUCUUUCAUUUAAUAACUUUUUAUCCACAAGUAAAAAUCGUGAUGUUUCACGUAACUUUGUCCGACAAACCGCUGCAAAUCCUGAUCUUGUUGGAGUUUUAUUUAUUAUAUCAAUUAGUCCUAUGUAUUCAACAACUCCAUUUGCUUGUGUUAGUGAUGUUAAUUAUUUUCAUACAGAAGAUGAAGUUCUCUUUUCUAUGCAUACCAUUUUUCGCAUUGGGGAUAUUAAACCAAUGGAUGGAAACAAUCAUCUCUAUCAAGUGAAUUUAAUACUGACCAAUGACAACGACCAAGACCUUCGAACUCUUACUCAUCGGAUCCGGCAAGAGACUUUUUCAAGUUGGACAGGAUGGGAGAGAUUAGGAUUGCUGCUACAGAAAAUGGGACAAUUUAAGAAGGCUCAAGAAGUUUAUGAAGUUUUACUUCAUCAAACGGAUGAAAAUGACAAGGCACCUAUUUAUCAUCAACUAGGUUCGAUCAAAGAUGAUGAAGGACAAUAUGGAGCAGCACUUGCAUAUUAUGAAAAAUCACUUGCUAUCUUCAAAAAAACACUUCCUUGCAAUCAUCCUGAUCUGAGUGCUUCCUAUAACAAUAUCGGUAUUGUGUAUAGUAACGUGGGUGAUUACCCAAAAGCACUUUCAUUUCAUGAAAGAGUCCUUGCAAUCAAACAACAAUCACUUCCUUCUAGUCAUCCUGAUUUGGGUGAUUCUUAUAACAAAGUCGGUAUUGUGUAUAGAAAAAUGGGUGAUUAUCCAAAAUCACUUUCUUAUUUUGAGAAUGGGCUUGCAAUUCUACAACAAUCACUUCCUUUCAAUCAUCCUGAUUUGGCUUAUUCCUAUAACAACAUCGGUUUGGUAUAUAACUAUAUGGGUGAUUAUUCAAAAGCACUUUCUUAUUUUGAAAAAGCCCUUGGAAUUCUACAACAAUCAAUUCCAUCCAAUCAUCCUGAUUUGGCUUUUUCCUACAUGGGUAUGGGUAUUGUGUAUGACAGCAUGGGUGAUUAUCCAAAAGCACUUUCGUCUCACGAAAAAGCCCUUGAAAUCAAAAAACAAUCACUUCCUUUCAAUCACCCUGAUUUGGGUGCUUCCUAUAACAACAUCGGUAAUGUGUAUGACAGCAUGGGUGAUUAUCCAAGAGCGCUUUUAUCUCAUGAAGAAGCCCUUAGAAUUCGACAAAAAUCACUUCCUCCCAAUCAUCCUGAUUUGGGCAUUUCCUAUAACAACAUCGGCUUAGUAUAUGAGAAUAUGGGCACCUAUUCAAAAGCUCAUUCAUUUUAUGAACGUGCUGUACAAAAUGGACAACAAUCAUUACCAACAAAUCAUCCCAAUCUUAAAAUGUACAGAGCAAACUUCGAACGCAAUAAAAAGAAUUUAUACUUUCUUUCUGUAUUUUUUUUUGAAAGUAAAAUAAAGCUGAUGAAGAAGAAAAUGCGUCUUUAUUGA